AUGUUAUCAAUUUAGAAAGUAAAUAUUGCCACUCUCUAUAACAGAAAUGAAGAGUACAAAUCAUGCAAUCGUGAGACUGAUAGAGAAGAUCGUUCAAAAAUUUAAAAGUUUAAGGAAAUAUUGCAUUAAAAUAUUAUUCCUAUCAAUGAACUGCUUCAUCUAGCUUGGUCAGGUGUGCCGAGUGAACUCAGAAGCACGGUUUGGAGACUAUUACUCAAAUAUUAAUCCCCAAAUAGGGAUGCCAAUUUUGCAAUCAUAGAGCGAAAAAGAAACAUGUACUUUGAAAUGUGUGAUAUAUAUUUUGCCAAGAAUCAGCAAUAUGAUGAUAGAGAGAAAAAGAUUUUAAAAUAAAUCUCAGAAGAUGUUAAGCGAACAAUACCAGACUCUUCAGUGUUUAGAAAUCCUUAAAUUUAAACUUUGUUGGAGAGGAUCCUUUUUAUUUGGAAUAUACGAAAUCCUGCCUGUGGGUAUGUGUAAGGAAUGAAUGACAUUGUCACUCCUUUCUUAAUCGUAUUCUUGUCUGACUAUGUUGAUAUUGACACUACUAAAUUGCAAUUCACUAAUGAAAAACAACUAGAUCAUCUAGAUUAAAGGUUGAUCAAAUAAGUUGAGGCUGACUCUUAUUGGUGUCUAUGUAAAUUAUUAGAAACCGUUCUUGAUAACUAUACUAAUUCACAACCAGGGUUGGUUCGUUUCUAUAAUAAAUUUAAGGAGAUUUUGUCAGCCUUGGAUAAAAAGCUUUAUGAACAUCUUACUACCUCACUAUCAAUGGAGUUAUAUGCAUUUAUCUUUAAAUGGAGUACAUGUAUGUUAUUAAGGAUGUUUCAAUUUGAAGUUGGGUUAAGAUUAUUUGAUACUUUAUUAGCAGAGGAACAAAACUAUUUUGAAUUGUGCCUCUUCAUAAUUAUUUCUAUUUUAAUGAAAUUUUCUCUUAAAAUUUAGAAAUUAUAAUAUGAUGAAAUAAUGAUCCUUCUUGAAAAGUUACCUACAAGAGAAUGGUCAGAAUCUGAUUUGAGUCUUUGUUUAUCAGAGGCUUAUGCUUACUAAAGGAUUUUUUCUAAGAAAUGA